CGUUACUUCCCUGCAGCGUCUAAAGGGACUCGCAAAUACAGACGUUAUAAAGAAAACAUUCAAGCUAUGUUGCGAGUUUGUCAUAAACAUUUCAAAGUUCUCCAGGAAUAUAUAUGUGGGAAACGAAUGAGUAGUCUGUCCGAAUACGUCAAAUGUAAGUCCUACAUAACGUUUGAACAUGUGCACUUAUAAUUUCCAGGUAGCUGGGAUGGAGACCGAAACUGACAUUGUGCCUGAUGUCGAGUCUUACAGUCCAGGGGACACUGUGUGGGCCAAGAUUCCCAACUGUCCUUGGUGGCCAGCGGAGGUGAUUGAAGAAGAUAACUGCCCUUUCCCUCUUCCAGAAUUUCGGAAAAAGAAAACUGUGAUAGCGGUCAUCAAGUUCCUCGAUGAGGAUUGCUUUUACUGCAUCAAUUCUGUGGACCAUAUCAAGCCCUUGCUAUGCCCACGCUAUGAGGAAUAUAUACUUAAAGGAGAGAAAGAAAAGAGAGAGAGUCUAAGGGUAAAGUUUGGUCCAGCAGUGAGGUUGGGCCUUCAAAGGGUGGGGGUUGUCUCCCCUACCCAGGGGGAGACAACUAGAAGUGACCAGUGCCAGAUGCUCUCACAUCAUACAGAAAAUAGGCAGGAGACUGACAACACUGAACACAACCUGUGUACACAACAGGAGCAUGUAGAUGUCAAGUGCCCAGAGACAGAACACAGUGAUCCUGAGAACAAUAACACAGAACCGGAAGAGCACCAGACCAUUGGUGCAGAUGAGCAGUGCAGGGAGACAGAGCCCACAGAACUUCCGAGAGGGUCCCGAGUGAGACGGCAGGUUCAGAAGUUUGUCGCACGACAUCCUGAUCCUCUUCCUAGAGUCAAGAAGGGACAAAAAAGACGUACCGUGUCCACAGGCUCUGUGCCAUCAAGUCGACGGAAAAUUCGAAAUUGUAGCAUUGAUGCAAACUCACCAACUAUACCAUAUCCUUCGCAAAGAAUUGUUGCUAUUGAAACUGCGAAGUCAAGUCUUGUGGCUCGGCUAGAUGUACAAAACUCCCUGGGUGUGGCAGUAAAAAGAUCUCUUGAAAGUGAGUAUUCAUCUACAGCUUCAGUGAACAGCACUCCUGACCAGUCAGUCUCAGGCUGGUCAGUGGGGACUCAGUGUAACCUGUCAGAGAGGCUGCUGGUGCCAGACACAAUGACCCCAGCUGGACAUGGGACUGGGGAUGAGAUGGAGGAUGAGGAAAAUGGCAGUCAAGAUGACAACAGGGCUUUCGUGUUCCCUCGCAACAGUUCAAGUGUGUCUACAUAUGACUCCAAUCUUGACACCGAAUCCUCAGAAUCAGAUGAUGAGCUUCCUGAGGGAUUGUCCCCAUCAAUUGUUGACACAUCGUCCCUACCCACAGUGAGAGACGUGGUGUGGGUCAAGUACAGGCAGUGCCCCUUCUGGCCGGCAGUGGUGAGAAGGAUCCAGGACAGUAAAGGGAAGAAAGGUCCAAAGAAAAUCCAGGUCCAGUUUCUCGGGAACACGGGUCACUUCCGAGAAAAUUUCUAUGUGACAUAUAGGAGGGACCGUGUGUUCCCACUGGACCAUGUAAAAAGGAAGGAAUUUGAGGAUGCUGGACAGACCAGCGCAGACUUUGACCAGCGGAAGCGGUUCAUGUCCAGCCUUCAGGAAGUGGAGACGUACCUCAACAGGAAGGCCCUGGGUCUUCUGCCGCCCAACAAAGAAGGCAGCUUUUUUGAUGAAGACUAUAAUAGUGACACCAGCGAUAGCAUUACGGAGGGAGAAUCUAGUCAGUCACAGUCCAAUGUUCCAGUAAAUGGUCCUGAGGAAGGCAGCAAGCUGGCCACUCCCCCAGUUCAAGUUGUGAAGAAGAGCAUGGGGAGACAAGCUCAUGGCUUACAAGUGCUUAGUGUCAUGAAGGAAAGAAGAAAGAAAAAGAAUAAAGUCCUUUUAGACUUCAUAAUAUCUGAAGAAAUGAAGGAAUACUUACUUGGUAUCUACAGUGGGACGAAGAAGAGUGAACGUCAUACAAAGUACCGUUCAUCAGUUCGGGAGCGAGACAAACUCCGUCACUCUGGGUUUGGUCCAAUCGCAGAUGAAGAGCAGCAAGAUGAAAUUACCUACAAAUUUGUGGAAUGGUACAAGGACCAUGCCUGUCCCUCAGCAGACAUUGACUACAUACUGGAUGUAUGGAUACCCGAAGCUGUCGUGUACAGUAUGAUAAAGCGACGUAGUUAUGGGAGGUCCAGAGCAUGGGAGGCAUUCAACAAAGGAUGUCGACUCUUCAAGAUGGAGCAGCGACAAAUUCACCAGCAUCUUAUCGAAACCGCCCGCAACAUCUCCCCCGCAGAUGCCCGCCUGUACAACGAGCGUCUGCAGGAGCGCAUUCAACUCACUAUGUCCACAUGAACUCAUGUUAGGCCUUAUCAAUUGGUUUACAGAUUUUCUUCCUCAAAACCCCAGUUCAGUGAUCAAUUUAAAAAUAAUUAUAGUUGCUUUAAUUUUUUUUUGGUAAAAGAAGGUAGGGUCAGGAAAUUUAGAAAUAUAGUACAGCUUUGUUUUCUCAAGUUUUUCAUGUGGCAUUUUCAUGGAAUGUAACAGGAAUGUUAAGAUCAUUUUAUGGUUUUCCGAUAGGAUUAAAGCCACACACUGUUUGGAGUACUGGUGAGGCUAGCUGUAGUGCUUGUCAUGGCUUCAUCUCAAGCCAUUUGUAGGUUAUUGAUCAUGUAUCACUUGUCCUGGCAGGCAGGAAAUAAUUUGUGAUCAAUUAUCUCCAGAAGUAUGAUUAUCAGCGGUUAUGACCCCCCUAAACUGGAAUGAUGUUUUUUUUCACAUCCAUGUUUUAAGGGGCAGUGGAUCUGUAAGCCAAGUAAUAAAAGCUAAAUUGCAAUAGUUUCGUCCUGAUCCUCGUACCAUGCAGAGACUGUAUGCCCAUCAUCUAGUGAGACCCUGACCAUCCAGAAAGUUCAAAUAAUAUCCAGAUAAACACAGGUUAGCGCAAUCUUGUUAGUCAGUUCUUUUACCUGUCUGUGUCAUGAUCUGAGAGCGCCUCCAUAGAAGGUCACGUUCAUGAACCCUCAGGAAACUUGGGACUGACCAAUCAAGAUGAAGGAGGCAUGGGUUCUUGAUCCAAUCAGAUGUCAGCUUUCUAAACCUAUUCAGCUUCAAUUCUUUACUGCCUCAAUUCAGAAAUUUUGAUCACUUGCAAAGGAAACCGCUAGUGAACACAAAUAUAGCCUCUUUAGGACACCCCUUCAGGUUUUGAUGUCAUGGCGCUCACAAAGAGUGAUGCAUGACACAUCCACCAUCAUAUCAUUGCCCUGCAUUGAUUUUUGUCACAUUUAGAUUUCCUUGAUUAUAUUUGUUUUCGAGAAAUAGAAAUCAGACAUGCUUUUCUGAACGCUCACUUGUGCCAAGCAUUUAGAGGCCUUGACACUGAUUGGUUGAUUAAUAAGUUCACCUGACACAGCCUCCUCAGGUUCCUCAGAUCAGAUGCAGAUUAAUAGCACCUCUUAGGGUCAAAAGUACCAAUCUGAUUUCCCAGGACCUUUUUGUAAUAUUGUGAUAUGUUAACAGUAAUAGUCCAGGAAUGUACAGAUGCCGUAGUAUAGACAGUGGGGGUACGGUGACACUUGCACAAAAUUAUAUCAUGAUGUGGCAAGACAUUAACCUUCACAAAAAAAAUUAUGUUUGUACCUCCUGAUGCGGAAGUCUGGCAUCAAUCGGUACGGCACCACAUAAUUUAUCAAGAUGCCAUGCUAAAUCAAAUUGUAAUGAAAGUAUUCUCCAUCACUAUUACUCAUACUCAUAAUAUUCUUUUGAACAUAUUUAUAUUCAACAUUUUUGUUUAGUUCUUCAUUCAUUUUACUAGGAGUCCGGACUGAAUACCCUUAUCUUCUUCACUAUAAAGAAACAUUUGAUAUUUGGAUGUCUUGACAUUCGUGAUAAAAUAUAUACCUUGUGUUAAUUCUUUCCAUUUGAAAGUUUUGUCUUGGGAAGUAAAUGCUUUGGCGUUCUUGUUUUCAAAUUCUUCUUUUGUUAGCCUGUAAUUUUUUUUUGUUAUACACUUAUGUGAACAUCUAUCUAGAUGUAAUAUUCUGUGUACAUGUAUUAUAUGAACAUCAAUGAUAACUAUAAUGGAUUAAAUGUACUAUUUUCCACAAGGAUAUUGGAAGGGUAAUGGUGCAAUACAAAAACUAGCUGCAGCGGCUAAAGAUGUUGCCAAGAAAGAAACAAUAUGACAAAGGAAAGCAUUAAAUCAUGACAGUAUUCGUGUACUAGCUGAGCAAAGUUAAAUAGCAUUGGGGAUCAUAUCUAAAUGGCAUUAGCUGAUGGUAAGAUAUCAGAAGGAGAGUUCCACUUAGUAUUGUCAGAACUCACUACAUGCAAUGCAGUGAAACAUGUUAUAUUCGAUCAAAUUCUCGUAAGACAAGGGAAGAUGGGAGACAGCAAGCGUACCAAGUAUUCGAAAUCAAACCCAAAGGACUGGUAGGAGAUUAAGAAUAGAUUGUUUCCUUGAUAUAGGAUAGCAUCUUGAUAAUAUAUGAUAUGGCCAGGCUGCAUGUGUAACGUGUUGCCAUACUGAUUGAUGCCGGCGUACCUCAUCUGGAGGUAUCACCUACUUAUUUGUGUUAAGAUUAGUGUCGGCCGCAUCAUGAUAUCAUUUUGUGCAAAGUGUCACUGUACCCCCAGUGUUUAUACUACUGAUGCAUUUCAGUCCCACCAUGAUAUUAAGGUGUCUUAAAUGUGCCUCUUUCUUAUCCAAAUCGGGCAGCAUGAGCUCAAAGAGCAUGAAGCAAAGACAGGCAUGGGUACUCAGGCCCUCAUAUACACACUACAGAUACCUGAAUUCGCAUCGGCAGCAUAAGCAUUCGUUGACCUUGUACAUAGUUUUCAUAUUUAACCCUAGAUUGCCAUCAAUGUCUUGUGCCAUCAAUAGAGAGUGGUUUGAUCACUUUAUUGUCCCCACCACGAAGUGGAGCGGGGGAUAUAGGUGCUGAGUUUGUCCGUCCGUCCGUCCUCUUUUCAAAGGGGACAAGUCUUCUGAAAAACUAUUUAAGUCACCCAAAUGAAAUUUUUACACGCUGAUGUUACUGUUCAUGAUCUCAAAAUUCAUUUUUUUACAGAGUUAUAGCCCUUGCUCCGUGCUUUUUAACUUAGUGCAUACUGCGUUAAUUGGGGACAAGUUUCUCAGAAACUGCUGAAGUUACUUGAAUGAAAGUUUGCAUUCUUAUCUAAGAGAUACUUGUCAAGACUGAGUUCGAAAAUUGGUCCUGUCAUUAAUUUUUUUACAAAGUUAUGGCCCUUGAUCCAUGUAAUUUGACUUGGUGCAUAGUGUCUGCAAUGGGAACAAGUUUUCUCAGAAACUACUGAAGUUAGCUUAUCUAUGAGAUACUUAUCAAAACUGAGUUAUUUUUUUCCAGAGAAGGGGCCUUUUGUGUGUAUAAUUGUCACAUUUAAUCAUUUUUCCUGAUGACAUAAAGUGUCUUAUCUCUUGUUAAGGCUUUAUAGGACUCUUGGUUAUAGUUCACAACUAUAUGAACAACAAAAUUCUAAUGUGCCCCUUGGGAGGGUAAUAGUGAUAACGCUGUUUUCUUGUUCAAAAUGUUUUGGUGAGGCCAUGGAAAAGAAAUGUUUCAUCCAAGUCAUCAUGCUUCUUUCAAAUUUUCUCCUGUUGUGUAAGUAAUACAGUAUACAGAAAGAGAUGAAUAACAGUCCCUGCUAUUUUUUAACAUGAUUCACCACCCACAUUAGUUUGACCUUGAAGCAGACCAUGAAACAUGCAGGGGAAAACCACCAUAGAAAUUGCUGUCCUAUGUAAUCAGUCAUAGAGUGCCUGAGCCACCGACACUAGGAGAAUGUGCUGCCAAUAUCGUAGAGCUGACUGGAUGAAAUUCAUUAAUCUUGAUUGUGUAGUUCAUGCUUCAGUCGGUGGCUGUCCUGAUUCCAUAUUUACACAGUUUGAUUGUGUUUAUCUGUUAUCCACUUUCCAGCGGUUGAAUGUCAUUCAUUAUAUGAACUUGCAGACACCCUCUUGGUGCGACAAAGGCUUGUUGAUGUGGUGAACAAUUUGUUUCUCACACUUUGACCUAUUAUUGUACAAAAUGUCAAAUUGCUUGGUGUGAGUGCCUUGUAAUCUAGACUUGUUUAUUGGAAUUUCGCGGAUGAAAUCUGCUGUAUAGGAAUUAUUGUAAAAAGUAUGUGAAUUAUCAUGAAAUGAAAAAUUGGACAUGGUGUGUGUGAAUCAAUGCAAUUGUUAAUGAUCUAAAGGGAACACGAUUUUACGGACAAUUUGUGUUUGUAUUUGUCAUGGCUGUACAUGACUAACCUUGCAUGAAAGCACUUCAACUAGGUGUUUAUUGUGGUUAGGUUGUGUGCUGUGUGUGAUUAGUACUACCUGUUUGCUUUAGAGAACAUACAGCAUCAUGUCUGAAAAUAAUUAGAGAAUAGGGAAAUACAUCGUAAUAAUCUGGUUUCAGUUCUUUCAGAAUUGACCUUCUUGUUGUUUUCAGAGGGGAAGAGCAAUUUUAUUUUUAUGCUUUUGCAAAUCAUGCACCAGCCAAGAUUGCAGUGUUUUGGGUGUCCAUAUACCCCCAGGGACCCCAGUUUUAGGUAUUUAAUUUAUAAAUCCUUUGCAAUGCAGAGCCAAGUUGAUUAUUCAGUUUCCUCAGUGUUUGGAAAUAUCUACCCCCACCCCCACAGAAGACAGAAUGAUGAGUCCCAUGGGACAGCCUUAUGCUACAAUAGAACAGAGUCCCUAUUCCCUGCACACACACCACAGGGAUAAACUGGGUAAUUUUAUUUGGUUUCUAGGUUAUAUAGGUGUAAGUGGGGAACGUCAGGGGCCUCUUUGGGCCUUCCUCCACAUGAUGUAGUGAGGAUCCUGGUAAUGUAGUAAUUUAAUUAGCUUGUGUAAGUCAUGUUAUUAUAUGUUCAAGUCUGUACCCUCCUCAGGCUGUGGUCCAAUAUUGUCUCAGCUUGUCUUACAAUGGGGAUAACGUGGUAUGUUCCAGUCUGUACCCUCCUCAGGCUGUGGUCUAAUAUUGUCUCAGCUUGUCUUACACUGGGGAUAACUUGGUGUAUUUUGUGGGCCCAGGCCUUAUGUAGCAGAGAAAGCCUUCCUAGUUUUGAUGCUGCUAUUAAAAAAUAUACUGCUCACAACUUAAAGAACACCCGCAAUUGACAGGCUGUGUUGCAAUACCCACCAGCCAUGACUGAUUUACUGUAGUCAUAUGAAAAGAUUGGGUGUUCUUUAACUUCUUUUGAGUAGUAUAUUAAGUCCAGUGCGCUAUUCCACAAAGUGGUCUUAGCGCUAUGAUUGUCACAAGUCUAUGUUAAAGGUAUGGAGUUAAGAUCGUCUUUACGCUAAGAUCACUUGAUGGAACAGCGCCAUGGGUCUUAUCAACUAUGCCAUGUACAAUGAGUAUGUGAUAUAUCCAUUAAAAUGGCAUAAACAUCCUGUGAAUAAAAUGUGAUAACAAUCGUCCUUCUUAUGCUAUUACACUGACAUAGUGUGUAUGUGUGCGAUUGAAGUGUUUUAUGUGAAUUCAGCAUGUUUCUCUGUAUGAUGUUCCAGACUCUGUGUCUUGAGUACAUCCACUUUGCCCAGUGCUCUGCGGUGAUACAAUGCCAUAUGUCAUUGCCUGCAGUUCAAAUCCCUUCACCAUUCUGAUUACACUAAGGCCCAAAAAAGUAAAAGAAAUGUUUUUUAUCAUAGUGUGGGUCUUUUUAACCUAAUUCCCGGUUCCUUAAUCGGCCAUUCAUAAUUUCCGCAAUUUAUAUUUUCAGUUAGAGUUAUCUUUCCUUUACGUUUGUGAUAUACCAUGUUACACUUUGCACAUAACUACUGCUGUUUGAUUAUUAGUUCAUGGAAUGUACUUUCAACACUUUGCUUGUCUUUUACUAUUGUUGAUAAAAUUCCCAAUUGACAGGUUUUUUUUAUUGCUACUAAGUCUGAAAACCCCAUUUGGCAAUGAAAUAAAUCCCAUUGUUUUCAUGCAUGUCCCACCAAAGAUAUUAAACUCACCACAACAGCAUGUUAAAGUAAUUGUUCAGACAUUGGUCAUCAUGACAUUAAAUUAUAUACAUAUAUUUUAUAAAUUUCUACCCAACAUAUGUCUGCACAAAAGGCAAAAAAAUAUUGAAAAGGCUUUCCUUUCUUUUCCCCUUUUUCGACCACCGAAGUUUUGAGAGAACAAAUCCAUCAACCAACUAAUUAAAAAAAAGCACUACAGAGAGUUCGACGUUUGUUUCUCUGACAAGACAUGGAAGUACUCUUAACAAAUAUAAAACAGAAAUUGUGCCCUUAACACUGUCUCAUUCACUGGACAUGAAGUGUCUCUGCUUUUGUAAGAUAUAUUUGGUCAUGUUACUUAGGCCCAUCCGACUGCAAUCAUAAUGUAUACCACUGAAAACAAGUUAAACUACCCCAAGCUCAUCUGUUAUGCUAUAAUCUGCUAUGAUUAACUACAGUAGCAAGAGAAUCAGAUGUUCUUUCACUUCUUUUGAGUAGUAAUUAUGAAAGUACUGUUUAACUUUCUGUAAUGCUUUGUAAUAAUUCUGAAUUGUAAAAGUCUCUAAAAAACUUUCUUUUCUUAUUGUUUUACAUGGUGUGACUUAAGGAGGUGAUUUUCUUUUUUCCCCAAUUUGAAAUGUCAAACAUUUCUACUUGUGUAAUGCUUUCUUGCUUGUUAAGGACAACAAGAAGGUGGUGUUACUCAACAUUCACUCCUUGCCUUUUAAUCUGCAGACAAUCAAAAUAUUAUUGACAUGUUCUUAGCUGAACGUUGGUUACUGCUUUCCACUCACACAGAAUUCAGUUAAUAGUGUUUGUUUCAAUGAUUUGUUUUCAUUGAUGAUGUUUCUAUAUUUUCUUAGCUGUUAGUGAUAAACAGUUUCUUUACAAAAAUGAAGUCCAUUUGAAUUAAUUAUUUUGUGAUUUCAGAGUGAGUGAGUUGGGUUUAACGCCGCUUUUAACAUUAUUCCAGUUAUAUCACGGCUUGUGAUUUCAGAAGCGUGACUGCAGAUAUUUAUGGAAUAAUAUUAGGAAAUGUUUCUGCUGAAUGAAAACAUUGCAUUCAUUGAGAGAUUCCUCCGAAAAUGUAUUUGUAAAAAUCAUAUAGUUCUCCUAAAAAAUGUGCAGUGAUGACUAAACGGCACACCUGUACUUAUUUACAUUAUAAUAUAUGUAUUCAGUCAGAUUGUAGUAUGAAGAUGUUGAGAAGAGAAAACAAUUCUUCUCUUCUAGUUUCCACCCUGAAAUAUAUUAAGGAUAAAACACGACUCCAAGGUUUUGGUUGAAAGUGUAAAACCACAAGCUCAAGGAACAUUAACAUGGAAUAGCUUGAUUUUUUGUGAAAAUCACAUUUUUUAGUUUUGAAUUUUUAUCAUAUCUAAUAUGUAAAAUGUGAAGCAAGAUAUUUGUGCUCUGUGUGAUAUUUGUGUACUGGAUUUUAUCAGGCUCAAAAUUGUUUUAUCCUCAAGGCACAAAACAAGUCAUGUCCAGUACUGAAUGCACAAGAAUGUUCAAUCUACAGCUACAAUGAUCAACAUCAUUAGCGCCAAAUGAGCCACACACUUGAAAUUCUCAGAUUAGGGGAGAAUGAUUGGCAGCAUUCUUUACCUGCUUCAUUACCAAUUGCAAAAGUCAAUAUUAGUGUAAGGUAAUGAUAAAAAAAAGGUAACUUUAUUUUUUUAUUAGAAUGGUAAAGCUAAGGACAAAAUGAAAAGGACAAUUUAGCAACACAUGCAAUGUUUCCCAUCCUUCUUCAUUCUCGUUUACUGUGGCAAAUAUUUCUCCAGAAGUGUUUGGCUGAAUAGCCAUGAAGGUCAAGUUCAAACUUCCUGUGGAUUAAUCUAAUUUUUCAAACAACUUUAUGUAUAAAGUCUGAUGUAAUCAUUGGAUAGAUAACAAAGUUAACAGUGUAGAUUUUAGCCUUUGAAAUAAUGUAGCCUGUGCACGUAGGACAGGACAGAUCGGCAGUCAAUUGUACAUAGUGUGCUCACUCUCUAAGUUAUUAUGAUCUUUCAGUUUCAGCUUCAUUUUUAUUUAGAGUUGACAUAGGUGAAUAUGUUGAUUUUUUUUUUUGGAAGUGUUUGUGACUGGUUUCAAUGUAUGUAUGAUCACGACUAAGGUUUGUUGGUUGGAAGAUCAACUGACUUUAAGCCUUGUAACAUCAUUGCAUUUAUGAAGUGUGAAAUAAAUAUAUGCUGAGUGCA